GCGACUUCUUCGAGAUUUAUCAAACGGAUUUUUUCUGGCGUUUGCAGCGCAGUAUCACUGGGAGAGUGUGACGCGAUUACCGUUUACAAUCUUCUGGGAAACGAAGUGUUUGUCAUCAUCGAUCCGGUGAGGUGGCUCUAGCCACUGUAACUCUUGAAAAAGUCUCUAUCACCGCCAAAUAUCACCAUGGCGGGCAAUGAGGAUUGCGCGUCCGUGCUGGAACAAUUUAUUCACGAUGCCGCUAACUUACCGGCUGAGAUCAACCAUAUGCUGGAAGAAAUUCAAGCCAAAGACAAAGAUCUGCAGAAAUAUCUCUCCGUAAUCAACCAAAAGGACGUUAACAUCCAGAAACAUCUGAAAGUCAAUGGUGUCCUUGCACCUCAUCCCAAGGAGAAUGAAUACGCAGACUUGGUCAAAAAGAAUUACGAGUCAUCUGCCCAUCUUCAAGAUCAAAAAAUUCACUUGGCGGACAGAGCUUGCAACAUUCUUGAACGGCAAUUGAGGAGACUGGAUACGAAAAUCAAAGAGUUACAAAACGACGGUCAGCUUGUGGAUGGCCCACCUCUGCCGAGCGUCUUCAAUCGAAAAGCUGAACCACAAAAGUCUCUUAUCGAUAUUCCACCCAGCCUUCCUCUACAGAAUGCAUCGAUCAGUGCUCUCAAUGCGAAUGCACACCGCAUAAAUUCUCACAUAACUGCAACUAUGCAGCAAGCACAGUCGAGGCAAUUGCCGCAGAUAGCAACUACCAACGCACCUCCCCAAAGAAGCUCGGCGCCAGCUACGCCUGCUUCUGCCGUGCAACAGCAUCGACAACGAGAACGUGAACACUCGGUCGGCGCGGAUACAAAACGACGCAAGUUGAACGCCGGUGCCAAUCUUCCUGCUCAGCCAUCAGGCUUAAGACAGUCAUCACUUGGCCCGGGCACUCCUAAAGCCUCUACACCCACUGCGACAGGAACCAGUCGAUCAGGGAGUCUACCUCGAACUGCUGGACCUCAACAAGCUACAGGUCCACCCAAGAAAUCUGGCUUGUCCAAGAAAAUCAUGCCCCAUCAGCAAGUCAACAAACUCAAGCAGAAGGGAACUCCCAAAGGCAGGCUAUCUGUCGGGCGCAAGAAAGGGCAGUCUCCUUCCGUACGAGGUGGACGUGGCGGAACAGCUGCAUCCGAAGAAGAUUCGGUCUUGUCCUCGGCCGACGCUUCAGAGACCGACGCUUCUACCAGCAGAGGAAGACGCGGAAAUAAGAAGUCACUCCGAGAAGAAGUUGAAAUGCAUGAGGAUGAAGACAUGGACGACGACGAAGGCGAAGAUGACAAACGGUACUGCUUCUGCAAUCAACGAUCCUACGGAGAAAUGGUGGCCUGUGAAAACGACGACUGUCCCUUCCAGUGGUUCCACACAGGCUGCCUGAACAUGAAGAAAGUGCCGGAUGAAGAUGAGGAUUGGUAUUGUCCUACGUGCAGAGAGAAACCCGAAAUCAUCGAAAAGGUCAAAGCCAGGAAGAAGGCGGGCGGAAGGAAAUAGAGGACAAUGUUGCUGUGCCAGGUUUUGCAUCGCGCAGUUUCCUGUAUCAUCAUCAGACUAGUAUGGCUCGAGGUUACGGCCAGCACGCAGCGUUCGCGUUCUAAGGGAUGGCAGCAACACCCAACACAAAGACAGCCACGAAGCCAUGAAUACCUUAUGUAUUGAUAUCAGGAUAGAACUGAGAACGGGUCCGCACUGGUCGUGGACGAGGCCAAUGCGUUCGUCGAUCCCCUGCAACUGCAAUACAAUACAUAUGAUUACGAGCACGGAUCAUCGCAGGGUGUGUCCCCGUAAGAAGUACGGAAAGGUCGGAUAAUGGGUCCAAGGCACCUACUCAAGGAUACUGUAGGACAUCUCAAUUUAUCAUCAUUGUGUUGAUAGACAAUAUUCCACCAAAUGUGCAACACUGCCAACGAGGAUGGUGCGUGACUGGUGACAAAACCGAGAUUGAGGCGUGUUAAACAGCAACACAGAGAUAUUGAAUG